AUGCGCUGUGAUUGGCCAGACUCAAAGACUUCCACCAAGGUGGGGUCAAUUCUGUUGCGUUGCACUCGCGCUAAGCAAAACCACACCUCUUCUAUAGGGAUCAGCUACUCCAGCUUUUCUGGUGAAAAACAGAUUUCUGCACCCGAGUUUGUGUUCGCUCCUGUGUUCGCCAACACUCUACUUCCGUGCAAUAAAAGCGACGGAUUGGUCAUCCGCUCUAUUUCCUGA